AUGUUAUCCAAAAAAUUUUCGACUUUAGAUUAUUUUUAUAACAGAAGCCAUGGAAUGCUACAACUUGUUUUAAAGUUCGAUGAUACAUCUAAGAUCGAAGAAACAAUCGAUAAAUUGUCGAAAAAUGUUUUGGCCUUUCAUCUCAAAACUGAUGAAUAUCACUUUUACAAGCAAAAAUCAAAUAUCACUCCAGUGAAAAUCAUAGAAAGCGAUAACUUACCUGAUUUGGCCACUUACAUGUACGAAAACCAUUCUCCAGACUUUUCAAAAACGCUCGCUACUUUGGGAUACAACUCAAAUACACUAGUAUUAAACAUUGCGCACUUAGUUGCAGAUGGAGGAUAUUUGCAUCAAAUUGUUGAUUUGAUUUUAUCAGAUAGCGACAAGUUAAAUACAAAAUUGGAAUUCCCAGACAAUAUCGAAGAGAAUUUUAUAAACCAAAUCAACUCAAAAUACAUAGAUCAAUGUAAAUACAUUUUCACAGAUCCAGAAAUCAUCAGAAUCAAUGCUGACAAGCCCAAGAAUCCAAGUAACAAAUAUGCGAAACACUGUUACAUCAAUACGCCGGUUGAAAAUCUCAAAUGUUUUUCGAAAAAAUCGAAACGUGUUUCAGGAUUAACAGAAGUUCUUUGGACAUCUUACAUUUUAUCUGCAUCAGCAAUGAACAAAAAGAUAAAUAAUACGGGAAUUGCUACCUGUAUUGAUAUGAGAAACUAUUUUAACCAAAUUAACAAAACAAACUCUUUAUCUGUUUGCAAUCAUUAUUCUAAUAUCACCCCAUGCUCAAACAUUUCACCGUCAAUGACAGUUGGAGAACUUGGAAAGCAAAUGAGAAAAGAUUUUAAUGAUAAAAUCAAGAAAGGACAUCAUUACUCAUUCCUUAAGUCAUUAGUUCCACCAGAAGCCAAAGCAAUACCAGGAAUCGGCUUAGAACUCUCAAAUAUUGGCAGAUUCCAAAUUAAAUCUCCUCUCAAAGAUUUAUUCCUUAAAUCUUCCGUUUUCGACCAAUUUUGUGAUCCUUUGAUCUCACAUUCCAGUUUUUCAGUUGAUACUGGCGUUAAAAACACACUUCAUGGAAUGUUUCGUUUCAAACCAAGCGCAAUCAAAGAAGAAACUGUUAGGGAGCUUGCUUCCAAAGUUAAGUUUUCUCUACAAAAUAUAUCUAAUGACAUGACUGUUGCUGAAUCGAUUUCUUUGAUUCAGAAAUCAAAUUGA